AUGCCGUCCCAAGAUCGGGACGUAUCUUCCCGUGAUCGGGAGCUUGUUCGGCAUCAGGGCUCUCAUACCGACUCUGGUCGCCUCUCUGUUCCAAUGUGGGACAGUUCUGAUCCUGAACGCGCUCCUCCGCCACUACCUUUAAAUCCUCGCUCAAUGAGCCCUGUGACAAAAUCCAAUGUGUCGCCCAAUGUUCAGGCUAUCGCUGCCAAAUUCACAGAUAGGCCGAGCGAGAACGCUCCGAGCUCCUACACAACAAAUUCAAUGCCCAAGUCCGGUUCACCUGAGCGACAGCUGGUCAAGGGCCAUUAUCACAAGCGCAUGCAGUCUCUACCACCUGCCGACACCAAGGGUGACACUCGCUCGGAGUUUUUGAAUUACCUCGAAAACCGAUCACCAGAGCGUCCUCUACGAGCAACAAUUGUUGACCCCGCAAGCAAGCUCCAGGACACAAACAAGUCUGCUGGCUCACCUCCAACCCGUCCUGCUGAACGGGAGCUUCCCACACUUCAGAAUAUGCAGCUACCAGAAAAUGACCCUCCAUCGCCCUCCAAAGCCCCCAAAAUGAUCACUGCAUCCGCUGAGCCACCUCAAACCGAGCGCGCGACUCCCACCAUGGGCUCACUUGAAUCGCAAAUCCUGAGCCUCACCGAGAUUGCGAGCAGUUUGCAGCGUGAGAUGUCCAAUCUGAGCCGACGAAGUAAGGACAAUGCCACCGAUCUCGUUAGCCUGAAAGCCGCAACGAAUGCCCGAGACGAAGAUAUUAGGGUGAGCCUGAAGCAGCUGACUUCGAAUCUCACAUCAAAGUUGUUGGAUAAUGAUGGCCUAAGGUCUGAUCUCAAAGCUUUCUUGAAACCCCGUGAAGGCAUUAACCCAAGUGAACCGGAUAGUUCUCCCAACUCCAAAAGAAGCUACUCCGUGCCACGCAUGCCGAGCCCCAAUCCUUUCAGCAGCUACGAUCGAGAAUUUUGCGGUUCCCCGGGACCCAUUUGCUCCGACGGCUCUGCCAGCAUUGCCUUGCUCGAAAAGGUUCUUCGCGAGAUGGCCACAAAGGAGGGCGAGGAGAGACUUUUGGAACUUGUGGAUGAAAUCAAGACACGUCCAGCUUCAUCAGUCUCUGAUCAGGAUGCCGAUAAGAAGGUAACCAAUAUGCUCGAGGAAAUCCUUAAUAUUGUGAAAGAGGACCCCUCUAGCAGAGCUCUUGUGCGUUCGAUGCAGGCCAUCAACAGCACUUCUCCGAACGAAACCAACACCCAAGGAACGCGAUCUCUGUCUACGGGCUCUAUGGAUCCCAGCGCUACCGUGCAAGCUCUCAAUCUCGCCAAGGGCGAUGUGAACCGAUCCCCAUCGGACGAGGAGGACAUGAUGGCCAUUCUGAGAAGCGUUAAGAACAGCGUCAUUGAAGGAGGUGGUAUGACGAAUGGCGUUAAGAGCCUUGUGCGUGAAUUGCGCGGCGAGGUACUCGGAAUGGGACGUGACCUGGCUAGGAAGCUUGAGACCGUCGAAUCGAGCCGAGCUAUCGAUGAUCAAGAGAAGCCUCAGCCUCCCAGUGCGGAAGAAAUUUCUGACAUCGUCCACGAGAGCCUGCAAACCCUCCAGGAGCAGCUGGCUGCUACUGUCGAAGAAAGUCGUCAGACCUCUUCCGCGUUAUCUGAUUUCCAAUCCACCAUGAGUCUGGCUUCUAUCUAUUCUGUGGUCAAGAAAGCUCUUGAUGAGCUUGAGCUCCCCCAGCCCCAGGCGGCGGAGCCUCAUGGAUCUAUAAUGGAGAAGGAGGACAUCCUUGACACUGUUCGCGAGGCUUGGGAAACCUAUAAACCCGAGAUCGAGUUACAGAACUUCGGCCUGGAACGAGAUGAGAUCUUGGAUUGUCUGUCAGAGGGCCUUAGGGACUACCGACCACAACAUGAGCAAUCCAUUACCUACGACCAGGUCCUCGACGCGGUCAACACCGGCAUGCAAAACUUCAGCCCUCCACCCAUUGAACACCCUCCCUCUAUAACUCGCGACGAAAUCAUUUUGACAAUCCGCGAAUGUCUGGAGAAGCCAGAGCCCACGGCACGAGGCUUAGAUGAAGACCAUGCCAAUCACUUGAAUUCCAUGAAAGAUGAGAUUCUGGGUGCUGUUGCCAUGCAUGCCGCAGAGAAGCCUGCUUCUCAUGGCUUUGACGACGAGCACUUCAACCAAUUUCACGCGAUCAAGGACGAAAUUCUCCACGCCGUUGCGAUGCACGCUGCCGAGAGACCAGACUCACGGGGUUUGGAUGAGGAACACAUCAAUCUCUUCCAUUCCAUUAAAGAUGAAAUCCUUGGUGCCGUGGCGAUGCAAGCUAUCGAGAAGCCAGCUUCCCGAGGCUUGGAUGAGGAGCAUAUGGACCACCUCAACAACAUUCGUGACGAGAUUCUUCAUGCCCUUUCGCAACAUGCCACCGAAAAGGAAGCUCCUCGAGGCUUCAAUGAUGAUCAUAUGGAACAUCUAGACUCUCUCCGUGAUGAGAUCCUGAAUGCAGUGACUGGAUCCAUGGCCACCCAAAGCAUGAUCAGUAAGGAGUCUUUCGAUUCUGGCCUCGGCCGGGAUGAGAUCGUCAGCGCAGUCUCCGAUGGCUUGGAGGCCCAUUUCACAGCCGCCAAGGAUAUGGAAGAACCUCGCGCCGCUCUUAGCACUGCUGUUCAACCCAGCAUCUCUCGUGAAGACAUAAUCAGCGCCGUUGCUGACGGAAUUGAACUUUCACGCAAAGAUCAAGACACAGCACUUGCCAAUAUACAACCUUCUGUUUCACGCGAAGAGAUAUUGGAGGCAAUCGCUGACGGACUCCAAAAUUCCAGCAAGGAUCAGGACUCGGCGAUCGCGAACAUCCAGUCUUCGCUUUCCCGAGAAGAAAUUUUAGACGCCAUUUCUGAAGGCCUUCACAACUCAAGCGAGGCAGAUAAAUCCGCCCUGAGUACCAGUGUCGGUCCUCAAAUCACCCGCGAGGAUGUCUUCCAAGCAGUUGUGGAGGGGAUGGAGAACGCUAAUACUAUGACUCGUGAGAUCGAACUCAACAAAGAUGAUUUAAUGGAGGCAAUCACUGCCGGGCUCCAUGAAGUGAACAGCUCCGCAAACGCGAAUGCUGGCGAUCAAGUUAUGGACCGCCUGCAGGAUGUUGUUGAUGGCAUGAAAGAGGAAUUCAAGCAAUAUUCCGCGGCCAAUGGCAGAGACACCGAGCAAGUCCUAGAUGCCAUCAAGGAUGGUCUUGACGUGGUUCGAAAGGAAAUUGAAGCUCAUGUCGGAGCCACCCCCGAUGAGGCCGGCAAACUUGAGAUCAUCGAUACCGUCAAGGAGGGCUUCCGACUCCUCCAAGCCGACAUGGAGAAGACAAUCACCGAGGCCUCCUUGUCUAAUGAGUCCCGCGGCAACCCCGAUACGCCAGAGCUACUAGACGCCAUGGAAAAGGAGUUCGAACAUCUUCGUGGUACGAUCGUGAACAUGGUUGUUCGUGAUACCACCGCAGGUGACAAGGACGAAAUUCUGGACGCCAUCCGAGAACUCUCAGACCAACAUAAGGCAAAUGCCGGAAACGAUCAGGUUGCCAGUAGUAUUCGCGAAGAGUUCGAAAAUAUCCGCGAGCGUAUGGAUUCUAGCCUUGUUCGAUCCGAGCCUAGCUCCGAUAAGGAGGAGAUCAUUGCCGCUGUCCGUGAACACCUGGAGAGUAUCCGUGAAGAGACUCUUAACCGGAAGGAUGGAGGCGAGAGCAUGAUGUCUGCCACCGGUGAGCUGCUCGACGCAUUCAAUGACGGCAUCGACACCAUCAAAGAUGACCUCAAGAAACUCCUGGAGAAGCCCGCCGAGUUCGACACCGCUGAGGUCCUCGAUACCAUCAAGGACGGCCUUGCUGACCUCAAGCUUGACAUUGACUCCAUUCGGCAAUCCCAGAGAGAAGCCGACGAUGCCAGCACCGCUCGUGGUGGCGAGCUUAUGCUUGCCGACCAACCAAACCUGGGUACCGACAUCGAAGGACUGAAAACCCUCAUCACCCAACUCCAAGACAAGGUUGAAUCUAUUGACUCAACACCCCGAGCACCCGAGCCAGAGCCUGCUGAAGAUGCGCUGAAGAAGGCUCAUCUUGAUGAGGUUCUUGUUGGUAUUCAGGAGGUCCAGGUUGUUAUCGCCGAGAUGAGCGCUGCCCGCGAUUCUCAAGAAGGCCAAGUCCGCAAGGAGGAUAUCGAGGGUAUUGAGCAUCUCAUAAUUAGCACCAAGACUCAGAUCGAGGAGAUCGUCUUCCCCGCUCCUGAUCAAAUUGCUACAUCUGAGCAUAUUGGCACCCUCGAGGCCAUGAUCCGCGAAGCCAAAGACACCAUUACUGAAUUGUCCUCUCGUAUGGAGGCCGAAGCACCCACGAAAUCUGACAUGGGCACCUUGGAGGGUUUGAUCAAGGAUGUUUGGAUUGCUUUAGAUGAACUUAAAGGCAAGACUAAAGAAGGCGAGGAAGGAGAACGCGAAAUCGAAGAGAACGCCGACUCUGACAAACUCCUGAAGUCUGACUUGCAGACCGUCGAGGCAAUGGUCUUUGAGGUCAAGUCACAGAUUGAUGAGCUGAAAAUCCCUGAUGCCGAGACUCUUCCAACCAAGGAAGAAGUCCAACAGCUGCAGGCCCUCGUCACCGACUUCCAGGAGAAGAUGGAGGCAAACAACGACAUGACUGCGCAAGGGUUUGAUGCUCGGAAGACUGAACAUGCCGGCUUAUUUGAAAAGAUUGAUGAGGCUAAGCUUGUCGUUGGUGAGCUCGGUGAUGAGCUCAAGAGCAAGCUCGAUGGAAGCAGCGAGGGCCUCGCUGAGCUCAAGCAGCUCUUGGAAGGCCUUGCCCUCUCCGCCGAAAAUUUCAGCACCGUCGAAAGCAUGAAGGAGCUCACCGACCUCAUUAACCGGGAGUUUGAGCGUGCUCAUGGCGAGGAGAAUGCCAGCAAGCUGGACCAGGAGGAGCGAGAUGCUGCGGCUAUGGUUAAGCAUGAUGAGAUUCGGGCUGCUAUUAUCGUGGAACUUGGUACCAAGAUUGACGAGAAGAUCGGAGAGGUCAUGGCCAAGUACGAAGAUGCUCAUAACUCCCUUCAUUCAAAAUUUUCCGAGACCGAGGAGCGCGAUUUGGCCCAUGCCGAGGCUGUCACGACCACGAGGUCUCUUGCUGAGGAUAUCAAGCUAGUCAUCGGUGCCAUGGGAGACAAUGUCAACCAGACUUGCGAGAGCAUCGGCGAAGACACAAAGGCCCUGUUCGGCAAGGUUGAUGAGUCUUACAACCGAAUGGAGGAGAUGCACAAUGAAGUCAAGUCACAACAAGAGCAGUCGCGGACUGAAAACGAGAGAGCUGCUGCUGCCACUGAGCGGGUUGAAAGCAAGUUACUCGAAUUCAACCCUCAGAUUCUCGAAACCGUUCAGCAAAUCUUGACAGUCGUCAGCCAGCACUACGAUCACUCGCAGAAGUCUGCCGACGAUUUCAGGACUGAGCUAUCUGCUCUACCGAACAACAUUCCAAGCAUGCUUCCCGCUCUUAUGCCUCCUCCGGAAACCAGCCGCGACCUCGAGGACGAUCCUGUACACGGCAAGCUGAACGAUAUUCUCGAACACGCCAAGAACACAAAGAUUCACGAUGUCCUCAAUACCCUCCUGGAACACUCAAAGAACGAUCAGCUUCAUGAUAAGCUUGACCGAGCUCUGGACCAGAGUGCGGGUCCCAAGGAUGAGAUUUAUGCCAAGCUGGAUCAACUUCUGGAUCACGCUGCCAACGACAACAGCUCGCUGCAUGAAAAGCUGGAUGCCCUGCUUAGCCGGCCGGAGCCCACUGCGUCCGACGAGCAUUCUGUCACUCAGAUGAUGAAGCUUGACGAGAUGCACAAGGAUAUCAUGGAGAACACUCGCAAGAUGAACGAGAUGUUUGCCGCUCAGUCCGCUAUUGUCGCCGAGGAUACCGAACGAAAGCGACGGGAAGCUGAGGAUGCUGCGAUUGCUCUUGAGCGAAGAGUGGCCCAGCGAGAACAAGUUGAAGCGGAGAUUGUCGGUUUGCACGAGGAGAAGGACUCACUAUUGAAGAUGAUCCAGACGCUGCAGUCCGAGAAGGAUGAUAUUGCUAAGCAGAACAUGAAGCUGAGCAAGGAAGUAUCCGGUCUCGAAACUGCUCUUGAGAUUCGCCAUGAAGAGAUGCAACAGAUGGAGGACCGCGCAGAUGGUCUUGAGAAGCGCAUCUUGGAGGGUGUUCUGGACCAUGCCCGCACUGUGUUGCUCAGCCGCUCCACCGGCAGCCAAAUGAAUCUCAGACGCAACCGGAGUGCACGCAGCUCUCGCGCCGGCGCACGUAGUCCUAGUGUGACUAGCGUCGCCUCUACUGCCCGAGAGUCAAAGGAUCCCCGCAGCCUUCUCGGUAAUGGCGUUGGUAUGGCCUUGAAGCGUGGGCUGUCAAACAACCUCAACGCUGCAGCUUCUCCUGUCCAGCCAAAUAUUGGAAAGGAGCGCCGCAUCCUGAGUUUGAGUCAUGUUACAGGCAACCGAGGAGUGGACCGUCAAGCUAGUGGCAACGGCGGUCUCGCGAACCUCAAGCGCAGCCAUUCUGUUAAAUCCAACUUUUCGCUACGCAAGUCCUCCUGGGCCGGCCGAGUGUCUAUUGCCGACAAAGAAAAUGAACCCUUCCGGGAAGAGGAUGAGCCUGCCAGCGAGCCCGAGAGCGACGCUGGAACUGAACGUCGGACCAGCUAUGCGGGCACGGAGCGCAAGUCCAGCUACGCCGGAACCGUCACCGAUAGCGUGGUGACUGGCGUGACUGAAAGUGUGGCCUCGACUGAUCGACGAACCAGUGGCAUGAGCAGCACGACCGAUGGUCACACUCAAAUUGCCGAGAGCUCAGUCGGCGGAGACGAUGCCGAUGAGCACUCCAACUAUGACGAGCAUGAUGAGUCCGACAGAGCAUCUGAGUCUGAAGGAGAGUCAGAUGAUGCCCAUACUGCUCGAGGGGAUGACGACCAAGAAAAUGACGACUCUAAGGAAGAGCUCGACGAUGAUGAGUUGCAGGAUCUCGUGGACAGAGACAUCUCAGACACUGCUUCUCAGAUGGAAGCGCAGGUGUUGAAGCUGCUGGAGCCACCCACUGAUAGUGGCCUGGGCACGGAGACUGCGCUUUCCACAUAA